AUGCGGCUUCCCUACGCCCCCAACACCCCACCAAGCGAUGCGCCCGCCGACACAGCCGACAUCUACGCUCGCAUCGCUGCGCGUCGCAACCCUCGUCCGUUGAUUCCUCUGGAUCUAUCCUUGCUACACAGCCCACCUGUCGCAGAUGGCUGGAAUAGCUUUAUCGGCGCAAUCCGUACCCGCACCAUCGUCGACUCCGGCACCAUGGAACUCGCCGUGUGCCGUGUCGCGGUGUUGACCGACGCGGUGUAUGAAUGGAAUGCCCACGCACCACUGGCGCUCAAAGGUGGUAUCAAACCCGAGGAACUACACGCUUGCCGUACAAUCCCAUCGACCACGGAGGGUGACCUCACUGAACUCGAGAGCAGCCCGCUUACACCACAACAACGGGCCGUUUUGCGAUAUACCGAUCAGAUGACUUUGAAGAUCAAAGUUCAAGAUGAAGUUUUCGCACAGCUUAAGACCGUUGGGUUCAAUGAUCGAGAGAUUGUCGAGCUCACUACUGGGAUUGCUGGGUACAAUUGUGUGAGUCGGGUUUUGGUCGCUCUUGACGUGGGCGAAAACAAUGCUCGGGAGAUGAAGAGUGUGGAUCAAUUAGUUGCUGAGCUGAAGUGA